AUGAACGAUACGAAAGCCGCCUUCCGUGAAAAGGUUAAACAAAGUGGACUCGAGUACACUUACAUUUUGUGCGGACUGUUUGCAGAAUAUCUUGGCGGGUUCGCAUUCGACGUCAAAAACAAGACUGCGAAAUUCUAUGCAGAUGGCAGCACCGAAUUGGCCGUAAUUUCUCUUCCAGACAUUGGAAAAUAUACAGCUGAAUCUCUUAAAAUAGAAGAAUCUCGUAACGCCACCAUCAGGGUUGCCGGUUCGAGAUUUUCAUUAAACGAAAUACUUGAAAAGUUUGAAGAAGCUACCGGUUCCAAAUGGAAGGUUGUCGUAGACAAAGAAGUCAAACACAGAUUCCAGAAUAAGAUUGAACCAAUUCCUUCGCCAAUGGAUUUGUAUAUAGCUAUUGUUUUAGAAAGAGCGUCGUUCGAAACUAUUGAUAACGACAAGUUUAGUUUCAGCCCCCGUCCUCUCACUGACAAUAUCGACGUGAUCGUUCAGCAGGCAGCUGUUUGA